AUGUGGGCGCCGAGCGGCCCGCCGGGGCCCGCGGGCUGGGACCGCCGCCGGGUGGGCGCCAGGCUGCGCGCGGCGCUCGCGGGGCUGCACGAGCUGCGGGGGCUGCGCGCCAGGCAGCAGGCGCGCGUUUGGGGCGCGCUGGCCGGGCCGCCCCCGCCCGGGCCCGCCGCCCCCCGCGGCCCCCGCGCCCACGAGCUGCGGCUGGAGGCGGCGCUGGCGGCGCUGCAGGAGCAGCUGGACCGCUUGAGACGCCAGGACGUCGGCCUGCAGACGCACCUGGAUCAGCUGGACCGGCAGAUCAGCGCGCUGCAGCUGGACGUGCGCAGGGGCCCUGGCGAGGCCGCGGACAGCGACAGCAGGCCCAGCUCGGGCUUCUACGAGCUGAGCGACGGCGGCUCCUGCUCCCUGUCCACCUCCUGCACGUCCGUGUGCAGCGACCACGUGUCCUGCUCCCUGGGCACCUUGCUGCCCGCCGCCCCCAAGGCCAGGCCUGGCUCGGGAGACUGCCGGCCCCGCUCGGCGGAUGAGACCGCCGUGUGUGGGGUCCCCCUGCCUGCAUGGGGGCCCCCGGCCGGCGAGGAGGGGCCAGGCCAGCUACUGCAGGAGGAGCCCCGGCCGCGGCCGGUGUCCACAGGUGACCUUGAAAGGAUCCUACCGGCCGACGUGGGGCUGCAGAAAGCCGGGGCACACCCCGCGGCCGCUCCCUUCCUCUGCCACGGUGUGGACCCCAAGUACCAGUGCGACCUGGUGUCCCGGGGCGGCCGGGAAGUGUACCCCUACCCCAGCCCGCUGCACGCCGUGGCCCUGCAGAGCCCGCUGUUCGCUCUGACUAGGGAGACGCCGCAGAGCGAGGGCCGUGUGCCCCCCCGCCCGCCCCCCGCCAGCCCCGCAGGCCCCAGCUCCGUCCGCUCCAGGCUGGCCUUCGAGGCUGGCCCCGCUGCAGCCUACAUUGAGCGGCUGCUGCGGCUGCGGGCCCGAGGGAGUGAGCGGGGGCCCCCCAUAGGGGAGGCAUCCCCAGCCCCGCCGCAGCUCGGUGCCCGGAAGGUGGACGAUGAAGAUGGCCUGGAGAAGCCGGCCUGCACCCCCGGGAGGGUAGUGGUGAGUGGGGCCGCCAGCGGGGACAGCCUUGCCCGGCCGCCACCUGUGCCCUCUGUGGGCACCCCAUUCCCCAGCAGCCAUCCCAAGGGGAGACCUGGCCCCUCGUGUGGGCACAUGCGCGGGGAGACCCGUCCAGACGCCCCCCAGCUGGCCUGUGGCCGGGCCCCCGCUCCCCGCUGCCCCGCUCAGCCGACGGCGCUUGCUGGCUGGACGGGCGGAGGCAGGUGGCCGAGCGGGCGAGUGGACGGAUGCUGCGCCCACCCCCACCUGGUUGCCAGCGGAGCUUCCCCCACAGGACCCCCCAAGACCAGGCCUGUGACGGUCAGGAGGGGGCCCAGCGACAAGACGCAGGGGCCUGGGAGGCCGCAGCUGCAGUGGGGGGCCCUCGGGGUCCCCCGGCCGCCCCCAGAGUCAGGGGGUGCUCCCCGGAGGCCCACGCUGGCCGCAGAGGCCCCCGGCCGGUCCUGCUCCGAAUCCAGCCUCUACCCCGUGUCCUUCUUUGUGCCCCUGCUGGUGGCGCGGCGGGAGGGUCACCGGGCGUCGGCUCAGGCCUUGUUCCCCUGGGAAGCCGCGCCGCUGGGGGCUUCCGGGGGUGCGGCGCGGAAGAGGCAGCGCCGGUGGCAGUCCUCGGUGGAGAUCUCGGCCAGGGCACGCCCAGACCCCGGCCUGGGGCCCCGCAGGCCCGCAGCCCGGAGAGGGGGCAUCCCGAGGCCCGUGUUUGCCAGGCCCAGGCCCCCGCCGCCCCCGCAGGACACCGGCGCCCGCAGCGCGUCGGAGGGCUCCGAAGGCUCGGCCGAGUGCGCCUCGCUGCUCCUCUCCACCGCAGCCGAAAGCAGCUGGGAUGAGGCCAGCGACCACACCGCCAGCCGCUUCGGGGACGCCGAGUCCAGCGGCAGCGACUCGGGGGGCGGCGGGCGGCCGGGCCAGCGGGCCCGCGCCAGCUCCAAGCCGGCCCUGCCCCCGGUGCCCAGGCUGUGCCGCGUCAAGGCCUCCAAGGCCCUCAAGAGGAAGAUCCGCAGGUUCCAGCCGGCCGCCCUGAAGGUCAUGACCAUGGUGUGA